GAUAAGAGAAAGUCCAAUUAAUGGUUAGUUAAACCUGUUCAAUUUUAAUGUUAUCACUUAGGAGAUAAGAGAAAAUCCAAUUUAUAGUCAGUUAUCUCUCAGCAACAGUUCAGUGAACAAGUGAUACUGCUGCAAGUGAUACAUACACUUGGAUAAGAUGACAAAAUGGGGCGAGAAAAAUGGAAUAGAGUUUUGGACAAUGCCACCAGAACGUGCAGAAGAAGCUACGGAUGUCUUGAGGAAUGGUUUCUUUGAGGAUGAAGCUUUUUGUAAUUAUUCGGGGAUACCAGAGGACGACGAAGGACAGAGGGAGUUGAGCAAUCUAGCUGUGAUCUGUGCUGAAGACGGCAUAUGUACUAUGGCCAUCGAAAAACAGACCGGUAAAAUUGUGGGUGUCUCUUACAAUAAAAUUCAGGUGACUCCGUCCCCAGGUCAGAAGGGGUUCUUUGAAGAGUUUCGAGAUUCCAAAUGCAAGAGUAAAACAGCUAGGGUUUUGAUCAAUGAGAUGAUAUGGUUUGACCAUUUGGUUGAUCUGUUUGAGAAGUACAAGACUGAUAGUGGUGCAGAAAUCAUGUUCCUAGGCACUCACAAGGACUACAGGAAAAGAGGAAUUGCUGUUGGUCUUGUUGAGGCUACCCUUGCAGCUGUCCGUGCAUUACCGCCAUCUAAGCGUCCUCCGAUAGCCACUGCUAUUUUCACCUCUCCUUACUCUAUCCGAGUGGGACGUUCACUAGAGUUUGAUGAAGUCAUCACAGUGGCCAUGAAGGACAAGAUCCUCAAUGGGAAACCUUUCUCUGAACAUCCCAAGAUAGGACAGGACCACCCAGGCGCUAUUGUAAUGGUUAAAAGACUGAACUAGUUCCUGACUGGAUGAAAAUGCUUUGUAAUUGAUUGCUGAUUUACAUUCUUAUCAAUGAUCUAAUCACCUAAUUAGAAUUUCUUAUCACUUUGAUUCUUAUUUAAAUUAGUAAAUAAGGAGUUAUUGUUUUGCACACAUUAUUGCUUGUACGAUGAUAUAUUUUUAAUACUUAUUUUAAUAUUGUUAUUGUAAUAUUAUAAAUGGUUCAAAUAUAACAGAAACUCAUGAAAA